GAAAAAGAAAGCAAAUCUAUAAAAUUUAGAGAAUAAUUUUGUUAGCGAGAAAUUAUUUAAUUUUGUCGAGAUUCCAUGAUAUUCAUACUGAAGAGUCCAUUACAUACACAGUAAUCGAAUCUUCGGAAAGCGACAGGAGCUACUGAUAAUAUAUCUUUAUAUGAAUGCACUAUGAGAAGAAAGGAAAUUUUAAGCAACUAUAUCAAGAAAGUUGCUUCGACUUACAUUUUUUAUUGAAGAAAAUGUGUAGAGGAAAUUUUGUGCAGCAAUUGUGUAAGAAGGCGAGUUACGGAACAACUAUAUUACGUGUUUUAUAUAGCACUGAGGAUGACAUUUAUACCGUAAGUGCAGUCUUAGUGAUUGUAUAGCGGAAACAGAAUACAAUUUAUUUGUACUCUAUACAGAAAAUUUAGCUAAGUGGAACAAAUUGUUGACGAGAAGUAAUCGAUCGAGGCAGCGUUGCGAAUGCAGAGAUGACUGAACUGUUUGUCAAGUAUCUGUGAUGGAGGCAGCGUUGGUAGAAUGUGAUUUUGUAUGCUGUGAUAUGAAGUAAAUAACAAGGUAUUGUGUUGAAGUUUGCGUGCAGGUGUCGUGAUCGUGAGCAGGUGAUACGAAAGAAAAUGUGCGUGCACUUUCAUCGACUUUUCACCCAUUUACAGGCGAGUGACAAAUGCCACAGGACAGCUGUGAUAAAAAUAUCUACUCUUCCUUCAUCCAGUUGUGCAUUCAUAUUUUAAGAUGAGUAAGUCGCUCAUUGACAUAUGCAAACAUUAAAAUGCGCUUUAGAAGUUGUAUUUAUUAUUUGAAAAUUGGGAGAUUGAAGUGUGGCGUCAUAGACAAGUCUCUGGAAGAUAGAAGUAUUAAUCGUUACCCUCCUAUGAACAAUGUGAACUGAAACGUUUCUGUCGGCGGCGAGCCUUGAGAAACACAUAAUGUUGAGUGGACUUGAGCGUUUGAUUCUUGCAAGACUUUGAAGAUACAAGGCAAGUAGCGUAUAAGGUUUUUGGGAAUUGCUGCAGCUGCUUCAGAGUUAUAAUGAGUGAUGCUGAACAACUUAGGGAGGCUGGCUGAUUUGGUACAAUGAUUGAAAGUGUUUCACGGCGUGCAUUUAGUGGAUCAAGUGGCACAUACAAUGUGCGAGCUUCGGAGCUGGCUCGUGAUAGGCGCCUCAAGACCCUUAGUGCUACAGUGGUAUUUCUGGAUGAUACUCAACAUUGUUUCCAAAUUGAGAAGCGAUCGAAAGGUCAUGUUCUCCUUGAUCUGGUUUUUCAACAUCUAGAGCUUAUUGAGAAGGAUUAUUUUGGUCUCCAGUAUUCUGAAAAUGGAGCAGCACCAACACCCAGCAACUCUGAUCUUGUGCGUUGGCUUGAUCCUUCAAAGCCAGUGAAGAAGCAAAUAAGAAACAAUGGAAACUUCUACUUUCGUGUUAAGUUCUACGUAUCGGAUCCUAGCAAGUUACAGGAGGAGUACACACGUUACCAUUUCUUUCUUCAAGUUCGCCAGGACAUUCUUCAGGGACGGUUACAGCUACCACCAAGCACUGCAUGUCUUCUCGCCAGUUACAUUGUUCAGUCUGAGCUGGGUGACUAUCAACCUGAUGAACACCUUCCUGGAUAUCUUUCUGGGCUACAGUUGAUACCUGGUCAAACAGAAGAGAUGGAAAAGAAAAUCACAGAGCUACAUAAAUUACACAAGCGCCAGUCACCAGCCGAUGCUGAAUUCAACUUCCUUGAACAUGCAAAGAGGUUGGAUAUGUAUGGUGUGGACUUGCAUCGUGCUAGAGAUUCAACAAAUAAAGAUAUACAGCUUGGAGUUACAUCUUUAGGACUUGUAGUGUUCCACAAUGGAAUAAGAAUUAACAUUUUUUCAUGGUCCAAGAUAGUUAAGAUAUCUUUCAAACGGAAGCAAUUCUUCAUCCAACUUCGAAGGGAGCCAUCUGAGGAUUAUGAUACCCUGUUGGGUUUCAAUAUGACAACGUACCGAUCAUCAAAAAAUUUAUGGAAAUCAUGUGUUGAGUAUCACACAUUCUUUAGGCUGCAUUCACCACAGACUCGAACCAGAAGGUUUCACCUUUCUCUUGGCUCUAAAUUCACAUAUUCUGGCCGCACAGAAUUCCAGACAAUAGAAGAAGGAAGACACAGAGCCAGGCUUGAAAGGCAUUUUAUCAGAUCUUCUCCCAGCAAGCGGCUUAUUCGCCAAACAGUCCCUGCGCCAGUAAUUGCUGAAGAGAAAUCAAAACUUAUUCCUUCUACACGACCUUCUCGUUCAUACGAUAACAAAGUAACCUCUUUGGGUGCUAGAGAACCACGCAGGGCGUGGGGUGAAGCCUCCCACCCUUCAGAUGAUGAGGGUGGAUUUAUUGAUCGCACUGAAGAAAGACCUCACUUCUCACCUCUCUCAGCAAGCCGUACAUUGAGUUAUGUAGAUGAUGAGCCUGAAACCGAUCGAAGUGUGAGCACUGGAGUGUAUGAAAUACCUGGAUAUGUAGAUACACAAUCACAGAUUUCUGAAGAAGGUCUGGUUGUUAUAAGAAUUACACCUGAUGAACAAGGAAGAUUUGGGUUCAAUGUUAAAGGAGGAGCCAAUUUAAAUAUGCCAAUUGUUGUAUCCAGAGUGGUCCCUAAUACACCAGCUGACAGAUGCUGUCCAAAACUGAAUGAGGGAGAUCAGGUACUCUUCAUUAAUGGCCAAAACAUCAGUGGUAUGUUACAUGAACAAGUAGUUAAUUUGAUCCGUGAAACAAGAGAUUCUGCUUCUGGAGAACUGAUACUGACUGUAAAACCUAGUGCGGUUUAUGAAGCUCAGGAUAUCGAGGAACCUCCAUAUCAGUAUGUUCCUGAUCGACCACAUACAAAUGGAAUAGACCAGGCUGAUGCAUUGGCUGAAUCCAUGCUGCUACUUGCUGAUGGACUUGCAAGUGGAGCUCUCAUAGCACAGUUUGAGCAGUUGUACAGGAAGAAGCCUGGUUUGACGACAAAUGAAUCAAGGAAACAAGAAAAUGUAAACAAAAAUAGAUACCGUGAUAUUUCACCAUAUGAUGCAACAAGGGUAAUUUUACAAGGUGGGACCACUGGUGAUUACAUAAAUGCCAACUAUGUUAAUAUGGAAAUUCCUGGAUCUGGUAUAAUUAAUAGAUAUAUUGCAACACAAGGUCCUUUGCCAGGAACAGUUGCUGAUUUUUGGCAGAUGGUUGUGGAAGCUCAGAGCACUCUAAUUGUAAUGGUAACUCCAGUUGUGGAACGGGGUCGCAUAAAGUGUCACAAAUACUGGCCUGCUCUAACACAAACUUUGGAAUUAUCUCAUCUACACAUCACAUGUACACGAGAGGAGACUGAACCUACAGGCAGCUUCAUAUUCAGAGAAUUUCGACUCACCAAUCUAGAGACUGAAGAGGAGCGGCACAUCAGCCACAUGCAGUACUUGGCAUGGCCAGACCAUGGUGUUCCUGAGGAUCCCACUCAGUUCCUGGAGUUCACAAUGCGUGUGCGCAAAGCUCGGACUGGAAUGGUUGAGCCCACCAUUGUCCAUUGCUCUGCUGGGAUAGGUCGUACUGGAGUUCUUAUUCUCAUGGAAACUGCAAUGUGCCUAAUUGAAGCUAAUGAACCAGUUUAUCCUCUUGAUAUUGUACGAGCUAUGAGAGAUCAACGUGGGAUGAUGAUACAAACAGCGGCCCAGUAUAGAUUUGUUUGUGAGAGUGUUCAUCGAGCUUAUAGCGAAGGCCUUGUCAAACCUUUAGAAGAAUUUCAGAGACUGGCAACAUACUGUGUCAUAAGAAAAGAAGUUUCGUGAUUUAAGUAAGGGUUGUGGGGAGCGACAGUACAAUGUCUUUUAGCAAGUGGUUACAUCUGUCUUGUAGAACAAGGAUUGUUUUUUCUGGAAAAACAGUCUGAUAUUGGAGACUGAUAUAUAAAUUAUUAUCACUGACAGUUUAAAAUUUGUGUUAUGAAAAAAAUUACGUGAAAAUUCAGCCUUAAUGAAUCCAGUACUAUUGUAUAGCAAUCUGGUACACAUUCAGACAGGGUUUGGCUCUGAGUCUGGCAGAAGUAGAUACUAUCUUAGGCAUUAAAAAGAAAAUCAUUUAAUAUGUUCCCUUGGAGUGAAUGAUAAUUCUACAGCAUUGUCAAAACUACUACUUAAGAAACAGUUUAUAAAAGAAUUGACGUUGUUACAGUUCAGUAGUGGUACUUCAAAGUACCAAAUUAUGUUCUCUCCCUGGUCACCAAAAAAUUUUCCAUUCACUGUCGCCAAUCAAUUGAAUAUCCUUCCCUCCCCAGUUACCUCAUCUGUAACAGUGCAUUUUGAGCUUUGUGAGCCAUCAGCAGCACUGUGUCCAUCACUUCAUUAACAGUAGCCUAUUUUUGAAAUUUAUCAUGUAUAGUGCUUAUUUUUGUUCCUAUGCUUGCUUGAUGCUACUUUAAGCUCUGAUAGCAUGUUAAUCCUAAUUGUUUGUGCAAAAUUAAAACAUACAUUAGUUUCCUGUUGGAUAACAAAGACGUAACAUGGCAAGUGCAGAGAUUUAAAUUCUUAAUUAUUGAAGUGUUUUAUUCUGUGCAGUUGUUAAAACAUUAGCCUGAGGAAACACAUUUCUGAAUUCGCUCUUGAUGUGUAUAAUACAAUGUCAGAAUUUUUAAGUAUCUAAGGAUAAAAGAGUAGUUUUACCAGGUAACAGAAAACUGACUUGUACAAAGGGAAUGGAAGCCCGUAGAUACACUGAUGUUACAAAUGUAUAUCCUUCAUCUAUCAAAAGGAGGAGAGGAAAGGGUUCAAGAAAGUGGAACGUGAUGUAGAAAGAAACUUUGGGUGAAUAUUUAUGGGAUUUAUUGCAUCUGUGGCAGUAUAAAUUGUUAAGGGCCACUGCUGUGAAUGCAGUCACUAAGCAAGCCUUUGCAGAUAAUUAUUGAUGACUGUAAUGUAUUCUAUUCAUAAAUGAAUUACAAUAACACAAAAUUGAAGGUACAGAUCUCAGGCCUCUUUAAAGAAAUGAUUAAUUUUUUCCAUCUUAUAAUUUAUUACUGCAGUUACAAAUUCAAAACCCUUAAUUCCACCCAUGAAAGCCGGUAUGCUACAUUUGUUUGGGACAGUAUCGCAGGAGCACCCAUCAAUGACAAAAUUUUGUCCUUGGAGAGUGGGUAGGGCAAAUUUAUCUGUGGACAAUAUAUGUACAGAUGGAUGUUCUGUCCUACCUUUUGGUAAAAGGUGCAAUGAUUAAUGUAGAACAUUAUAUUCAGAAGUGAGAUUAAACACACAGCUGAGUUUUUCAGAUUCGAGUUCCAUGGUUUUCCUGAAUCACUUCAAUGAAAUACCAGGAUUGUUCCUCCAGCUAGGCAGAACUUGUUUCAUGCUUGAUUUUUGCCUUAUUGUAUCUUUAAUGACCUUGAUGUUGAUGGGAUGUUAACUCUAACCUAAUUAUCUUUUUAUUAUUUUCUCUUAUGCUGUGAUUUCUAGAAGAGAAUGAAACAGCCUUAUGACAAGAAGAUGAUUAAUUGUUUGUUUGGUACUUUGUGACAGUAGUAGUGCUUUGACUGUGGUUAGCUGAAGUACCUGCCACAUUUUCCCUUGUUGCAAUACACAUUUUUUACACAUGAAAUCUCUCAGUUGAGUUUGAUAAAUCUGUGCUUACCUGUCUGAAGAUAAUGUCAUGACAGUGUGCAUUUCACUGUGACUGUAUUGCACGUCACAUUGGAAGAGGGCACAAUUUUGAAGCAGCAGCCCAGUGAGCUUGUCCCAUUUUGGACACUUACUGUCAAGACUACUGAAUGGCAGAAACUGCUCCCUUCCAGCCUAUGACAUGGCCAUCCUUCAUUGGCUGCAAAGUUAUAUUCAUUGUUAUUGACAACAAGAGCUCCCCCUAUUGUCCAGAGUAAGCAAAUCUCAUCUUCACCAUACUUGGUCCUCCACCUCUCUCCUCUAUAUAUUAAUUGUGCUGCAUGUGUUCAGGAUAAAUUAUUGCUGUGCAUGACAGACCAUAUGCGAGUUGCAUUGAUGGUUCUGUAGUGCUCUCUAUUUUACUGGAACAUGGCACAAUAAUUAUACACUGCCCAUUACACACAGUGUGAUUAGAUACACUUGCUGCAGUGCUUUUUAUUUUGGUAAUUUGUAAAUCUUGAAUCAGCAUUGUGGCUCUUCACUUGUGUUUAUGUUGCUUAUUUGCAUUACCACAAAAAAAUGAAGAGGAUACAGGCCUUAACUUACAAUUAAAUCAGAAUUAAUUUCUAAAUAUCAGAAAUUAUGUGGCUGACAAUACUCUCCUAUAAAAAUAUUUACAUUUUUAGUAUGUGGACAAUGGCACUUGAAUUAUGAAAAAGAUAAAUCAUAACUUAUCACUUCCAAUAUUGUCAACUGACUAAGCAAGUUGAGGACUACUGAAAAAUGCAAAUGGGGCCAUAUAGAAUUUUGUGCUUCUACUUGUUGAAGGGGACCAUUUUGGCAAGUCAAUCAGGAGUUAGGCUUUGUGUAAACUGGUUGUUUUUACAAGAAAUUCCUCACUGUGAAACUUAACUUAUGGAGCACAAUCAACAGACUAUUACUGAGCUACAUAAUGGAAUUCAAAUAAAUGACUGUAGGACAUUUAUCUAAUUUCACCUAUUUGUGAAAAUGUACAAAAUCUUCUUUAUAAGGAUAUUAUCAUUUUUAACAUUCUCAGCUAUAACAGUCAGUUUCCUAUUCACAAUAAAUACAAAAACCUUUUUGUAAAUUGUUAUUAUCCAUUUUGUGAUGUAAGGAGAGGAAAGAUGGAAAAUUUUCCUUAAAAAGUUACUGAAAUGGGAAUUCCUUGAUGCAAGUUGUAUAAAAAUCUGUUUAGUAUCUGACACUUCUAUGCGUCUUUAUAUAGCAUCCUCUGAUGUUUCUUACAGGGUUAGAAUUCUUCACCUACCUUGCAAAAUGUUUCUUGAGUAACACACAAUUGUCAUAUUGCCUUCAAACUUUGAUGUUGAGACUGUGUGGAAAAAGAUCUGACUUUAGAAAUAUAAAAUAAUGCACCCUCAUUUCAAACUGAUUUGUUUUUACAGUGAGUGUAUUCUCAUGCAUGAAAUUAUAAGUAUGUUAAGCAAAUACAAUUAGAAAUGCAAAUGGUUUCAAAAUGUGCUGAAAACAUUACACACCAUUUUACCCUUCUUGAAAUCAUGGUUGGAUGCCUGAAUUUGGAAAACACCUGUAUCAAGUAAUUUUGUACUAAUUAAUACUUAACAAAAUUUUGAUAUUCUUUCUGAGAGGAAGACAAGAAGGGUUUAAUUACCUUUGCUAUUAUUGCUAAAGUACUGGUCUCUUAUACUGAAAAAGAAAUUUGUAUGCAUUUUCAUUUGUAAUGAAACUGAUAAGUUCUUUACGUCUGUAGACCAGUGUUGCUGCAUGUGGAAGUGGUUGCAAUAAUGGUAGUGACAAUGAAGUAAUUUUCAGUGAAUACAGAUCUACUUUGGCACUUGUUUUCAUAUUUUUGAGUGAAAUAAUUUCAGUAACAAUUGUGCAACACUUUUGUAAAUGUAAAUUUUCUGUCCUAUAAGUCAAUGCAAUGGAAGACUGCAGCAUAUUACACAUCCUUUUACAAAAAUUUUAGUAUGAGUUUACAAGAAGAAUAAUAAAAGAAAAUUGUAUUUUAGUGUAUAUUUAACCGUUAUACAAAUUAUUCGAUACCAUUUUAAUAUGUCAAAAACAUUGAUGUGCAGAUAAUAGCAAAAAAUCUUGGUGCAAUGUUCGUAUUAUUAUUCUUGUAGGUGUAUGAAAACAAAGUUUUUGUUGAUUUAAUAAAAUGAGAAGAAAGAACAAACAUUUUUAUAAUUUAAAUGUGAUAGUGGCAAAUCCUGGAUUUAGUGUAAUCAAUAGUAUUGCAAAAAAAAAAAAAAAAAAAAAAAAAAAAAAAAAAAAAAAACAGCCAUUCACUCUGCAGGUUGGUAUGGUUAUGAAUUCUU